GUUAAUGUCCAGAGCUAGUGAAGAUGUUAAGCUCCGCCAUAACACUUGCAAGCCUUUGUCCACAACAACUCUUCUUUCCCAACUCGAGCCCCAUCAAAGUAAAAUCCAGCUCUUCAUAUUUCUGUCAUAGCAAUCACUCACACAACAUUAGCAAUAAAAGAUUUCAACUAGACUUGCUUCAAUUUUUUCACUCAAAAUCGAGCCUUUGCCUCAACUGUUCCAUCAGCCAGGGAACUUCCAGUGCUGGAGAUAAUAUCCCACAUGACCAGCACUUAAAGGAGAGUAAAGGGUUCUGGGAUUAAUGGAAGGUGAGAGCUUUUUAAGCUGAACUACAAGCUCAAUCAUCAGUUCUUUUUUUUUUUCUUUCUUUAUAUGUAGUUUUGUUAAGAAAAGAAAAGAACCCACCUGGCUGAUGAGAAAAUUACUGAGAGAAAAGGAAGAAGGGGGAACUUUUCGCAUUGUGACUUGAAUUUUUUGACCACUUAACUCAACUCAGAUGGCCCUUGUAUCUGCAUAGGAAAUUAUAUAUUCGAACCCCAUUGCAAAGUAAAACUAUUGGUGAUAUACAAACUCCAAAAGGCCUUUGCUUUGCUAUCUUUCGAUGUUGUUACAGAACAAUGCAUUUAACAUUCUUCAUGUGCAUAGACAUCAAGUAGCUUCAAGAAUCUUAAGCAAAUAUCACUUUCUGUUGAGAAAGACUCACUGUACCUAUCACUCAUCAACCAACCACACCCAUGUGAAUCUCCUCACAAUUGCCUCAAACUCCAAAUCUCUGCGCCAAACUAAACAAGUCCAUGCCUUUGCACUCCACAAUGGAUUUCUUCCUAGAAGUGUUUCUCUCUGUGCCUCUUUGAUCCUCCGCUAUGCUGCUUUCCAAGAAUCCAAUGCUUGUUUCCUUCUCUUUGAACAGACUAUUAGUUAUUGCCACACUGCAUUUCUGUGGAAUACUUUCAUUCGGGCUCUAUUGGUUGCCCAUGUUCAUGAUGGUUUUGUUACCUAUAAUCGAAUGGUUAGGACCAGAGUUCCCCUUGAUAACCAUACCUUCCCUUUUGUUCUCAAGGCAUGUGCUGAUAAUUUGGAACUCCAAAAGGGUAUGGAGAUUCAUGGGCAUCUGUUCAAACUUGGUUUUGAAAUGGAUGUUUUUGUGGGUAAUACCCUGUUGUUGUUUUAUGGUAAUUGUGGGCUUUUGGAAAAUGUUAGGAGUGUGUUUGAUGAAAUGCGUGAGAGAGAUAUUGUUUCCUGGAAUACAAUUAUAGGAUUACUUUCGGUUAAUGGCUGCUAUGUGGAGGCGCUCGAUUUAUAUUGUGAUAUGAUUUUAAGGUCUGGGUUUAAACCAAACUCAGUUACUACUGUUAGUAUCUUGCCAGUUUGCGGGAGCCUUGCAAAUGAGGUCAUGGCAAGGCAGAUUCAUUGUUUUGUUGUGAAGGUUGGGUUGGGUGUUCAGAUGACUAUUAGUAAUGCACUGGUUGAUGUGUAUGGUAAAUGUGGAAAUAUGAUGGCUUCAAGGCAAGUUUUUGAUGAAAUGGUAGAGAGGAACGAAGUUUCCUGGAAUGCCGUAAUUGCUAGUCUUGCUCAUACAGGGUGUAACAAGGAUGCAUUAGAUAUGUUUAGGCUGAUGAUUUGUGCUGGGCUGACACCAAACUCUAUUGCUAUAUCUAUUAUUUUACCUGUGUUGGUUGAAGAAGAAUUAUUUGGGUUAGGAAAGGAAAUCCAUCGGUUCUGUUUAAGAAUAGGCAUUGAAUCUGAUGUGUUUGUUGCCAACUCAAUGAUUGAUAUGUAUGCAAAAUCAGGCCAUCAAUCUGAAGCUUCCUCUCUGUUUCACAAUAUGCUUGUAAAGAAUGUUGUUACUUGGAAUGCCAUGAUUGCUAAUUUCACUCAAAACAGGCAAGAGUUAGCGGCUCUAGAGCUAUUAAGAGCAAUGUCAGUACAUAACAAGAUACCUAAUUCUGUCACUUUGACGAAUGUUCUUCCAGCUUGUGCACGAGUUGGUUUCCUUCUUCCAGGAAAAGAAAUCCAUGCAGUGACCAUCCGUAUGGGGUUCAACCUUGAUCUGUUUGUCACCAAUGCUCUGACAGACAUGUAUGCAAAAUGUGGCCGCUUAGAUCUGGCUCAAAGUGUUUUUGACAUAUCCCGUAGGGAUGAAAUAUCUUAUAAUAUAUUAAUAGUAAGCUAUGCUCAAACAAGUGAUUGCUCAAAAUCCUUGAGUUUAUUCUCAGAAAUGGGUCUCAAGGGUAUGAUGCAUGAUGCGGUUUCCUUUGUGGGUGCUAUAUCAGCUUGUGGAAAAUUAGCUGCAACCAAGCAAGGGAAAGAGAUCCAUGCAGUCGUGACGAGAAAGCUUUUUCACACACACCUCUUUGUUGCUAAUUCACUUUUGGACUUUUAUUCCAGAUGUGGACGGAUUGAUAUAGCUGACAAGAUCUUUGUGAGGAUUCCAAAUAAAGAUGCAGCCUCGUGGAAUACUAUGAUUUUGGGUUAUGGAAUGCUUGGUGAUUUGGACAUGGCUAUUGAUCUCUUCGAAAAUAUGAGGGAACGUGGAGUGCAAUAUGAUUCAGUUUCAUAUAUUGCAGUUUUGUCAGCCUGUAGCCAUGGAGGAUUUGUUGAAAAAGGGAGGAAAUACUUUGAGGAAAUGCAAGCUCAGAAUAUUGAGCCGACACAAAUGCACUAUGCUUGUAUGGUUGAUCUCCUUGGACGAGCUGGCCUUAUGGAAGAUGUAGUGGAACUUAUAAAAAAUUUGCCCAUCAUACCGGAGUCCAAUAUAUGGGGUGCUUUGCUUGGGGCAUGCCGAAUCCAUGGUAAUAUAGAGUUGGGGUCUUGGGCAGCUGAGCAUUUGCUUAAGUUGAAACCUGAACAUUGUGGGUAUUAUAUUCUUCUUUCAAACAUGUAUGCAGAAGCUGGGAAAUGGGAUGAGGCAAACAAGAUUAGGGAAUUGAUGAAGUCGAGAGGGGCAAAGAAAAAUCCUGCUUACAGUUGGGUUCAAACAGGGGACCAGGUACAAGCAUUUGUAGUUGGAGAGGUAAUGGAGAACUCCAAUCCAGGUCUUUGGCAUGCAGAAUGCGGUUAAAUUUGUUAAAGAAAUCCGAGUUUUAUGGUUGUUUGCUGACGUAUCAAGUCUUGGCAGCAUCAAAAGUGAACCAGAAAAUUGAAUAGCAGAAAUUUUUUACGUAUCCGGAAGACUAAAAGGAGAUGAAUUGCAUCGAACUUUUGCUAAGUAGGUAGAGUACUUGAUAGAUAAGUGCUCCUUUUAUGGGUAACUUUCAUCAUUUUCAGUAAAGUACUCUCCAAGUCUCCGAGUCUGCAAGAAAUAUUCUUGUGCACACACCAAGAAAUAAAAAAUUCAGAUUGAUUCUUUAAGUUUCUAUGUGUCAAAUAAAUGUUUAAAAUUGCAAUUUUUUUAUAAUUUAAUAUUUUCUAUCA